UUGAAGUUUUUCGAGAAUAUUCGAUCAAAAAAAAUUCUAAUAUACAUACAGUGUGAGGCAUUACUUCCCUAUUGGAACCCUAUUAAUAAUUCCACAAAUUCUAAGUGUAAAAAUCGAUAUUUUUGGUGUGAGGCAGUUUAAUUAUUACUUAUAACUACUUCAUAUUAUACAGUGUUAGUCAAAAAUACGUCUACUUUUAUAAAACGUGAAAAAACUGUUUUAAAUCUUCUCGUUGAUACGAGGGUUGCUCCAAAACGUGUGAUUUAAAGGCAACCGAUUAUUUUAGUUUGUAGAAAAACGUUGAUUACAUUUUUUUUACGCGAAAAACUCAUUUUAAAUAUUUAUAAUACCCUUUAAAUGAUAUAAAUCGAAACGCCGCUGGUUUUUCUUUAUUAUUAAAGUAAAUAUUCCAUUAUGUUUACAUGUUUUUUAGGAUUAUUCAUUACGGGAAAAAACUUGUGAUGUGUAAGUUUCUCAAUUAAAAUUUACUCUACAAAUAGAGCUCAAUUAACUAAUCUGAAAAAAUUAAAUUUAAUAUUGAAUAAACAUUCGUCGAAUAUCUCGACAAAUUACGCAGUCAUUUUACGUGGGGGUUCCGUUGAAUCGACAUUUUGUCAUAGCCAGUGAUCGAUAUCGUCGAAAUGGCCGACGAAAACCAGACGAAAAUAAAAAUCGAACGCCCCUUGUAUGAACAUAAUCAGUUGAGACAAAAUUUUCGUUACGAAAAAGACAAAAAAAACCUAAUACAUAGAUUAUGCCCUGGGAAAGUUUCUAUUAGAAAAAUUGUUACUAGAACGAUUCCUGUGUUGAAAUGGUUACCGAAAUAUGAUUGGAAAAAGGAUUUUUUAGCUGAUUUAGCUUCUGGAUACACAGUGGCCGUCAUGCACAUACCACAGGGUAUGGCUUACGCCCUUUUGGGCAACGUACCACCGGUGGUAGGUAUAUACAUGGCGAUAUUUCCCGUUCUGGUAUACUUUUUUUUCGGUACGUCGAAACACGCUUCUAUGGGUACGUUUUCUAUUGCCUGUUUGAUGACGGGUAAGGCGGUUUUGGAGCAUGCCGAUCAAUCUUUUUUGGAAACUACGGCUUCUGGAAAUAAUGAUACAGUGACUGUGAUUAGUGUGGGUUACACGCCCAUCCAAGUGGCUACGGCGGUUACUUUCGUAACAUCAGUAGUUCAACUCAUUAUGUAUUGUUUACGUUUGGGGGCGGUAACCGCCCUUUUAUCCGACGUACUAGUUAAAUCUUUUACUUGCGGAGCGGCUUUUCAAAUAGUCGCUACCCAAAUAAAAGAUCUCAUCGGUGUGGAUAUGCCUAGUUUCAAAGGAAACUUCAUCACAGUUAAGAUAUUGAAAAUAGUGUUCGAGGAAUUGAACGAAGUUAAUUGGGCUGCGGUGAUUAUAUCGGCGAUAGCAAUAAUUGUAUUAGUAAUAAAUAAUGAAAUAUUAAAGCCAAUAAUAGCGAAAAAAUCGUCUGUACCAAUACCCAUAGAGCUCAUAGUGGUUAUUAUAGGUACACUAUGUUCGCAAUAUUUAAAUUUACAAAAAGUUUACGAUUUAAAAGUGAUAGGGGACAUUCCCAAGGGAUUUCCCCAACCUGAAUUUCCGCCAUUACCUCUACUUUCGAAAAUUAUAACCGAUGGUAUUUCCACUUCGAUCGUUUCGUAUGCUAUAACGAUAUCCCUGAUGAUGAUACUAGCUCAAAAAGGAAACUACGAAGUAGACGCGAAUCAAGAAUUAUUAGCAAUGGGUUUGGGUAACGCGGCGGGUUCCUGUUUUUCUUGUAUGCCGUUUUGCGCUUCGUUAUCCAGAUCGAUGAUACAGGAAGUUGUCGGUGGGAAAACCCAAUUGGUUUCCGUUAUUUCUUCAAUACUUUUAACGGUUACUCUUUUAUGGAUAGCACCGUUUUUCGAACCUCUACCUAAAUGCGUCCUGGCGAGCGUUAUAGUGGUUUCGUUGAAAAGUAUGUUGAUACAAGUUACGGAAUUGAUACAAUUUUGGAAAAUGAGUAAACUAGACGCCGUCGUAUGGAUAGCGACGUUCUUAUCGGUAGCUUUCGUCAGCAUGGAAAUAGCUCUACUAGUAGGAAUCGGUUUAUCGCUAACGUCCAUCAUUUUAACAAAUUUUAAACCGUACACGUGUUUAUUAGGAUCAGUUCCUAACACGGAUAUUUAUUUAGACAUAAACAAAUACAAAAAAGCGGUCGAAAUUGUUGGUAUUAAAAUUUUCCAUUAUUGCGGAUCGUUGAAUUUCGUAACAAGAACGACGUUUCGGAAUCAAUUGUACAAAUUGAUCGAGUUGAAUCCGCAAAAAGAGAAAAUUCUUCGAACUAAAUUGGACAAAUUGAAAAUUAAAAUGGCAGAAUCGGCUUUGAACGAUCACAAAGACAAAAUGAAAAAACUGCAACGGAAAAUCAACUCGGAAAUAAAAUGUAUCGUUUUGGAUUUUUCUUCUGUGAGCGGAUUGGACGCGUGCGGCGCCGCCAUGCUGAAAAACGAGAUAAACGAAUUCGAGAAAUUGAAUAUCACCCUGUAUAUAGCCGCUUGUUCAGAUCGAGUUUAUAAUCUUUUGGAAAAGUGCGAUCUCGUUUCAAAAGAAAAAAAUUCUUUACGCGUGUUUUUCAGUAUACACGACGCCGUGGAAACUGCUUCUAAUACCAUCAAAUUCAAUCACCACAUCCAAACCAACCCCGUAGAUUUCACCCUUAACGAAUAUCAACCUUAAACUGACUUUUUUUGUAUUUAAAUAUUUAUUUAUUAAUAAAAAAACGUCGUAUAAAU